AGCUCUCUGCCAGGCGCCUCUGUUGUCCGGAACGGAGGCAAGCCCCCUUAGAGUUGCCAGUAACAGACAUGGCUGCGGCCCCCGGAGGAGGGGACGUGAAGUGAGGAGGGGGCUGGGAGGGGAGAGGACGCGGGCGAGCAAGACCGGCCCCGUGGCCCCGAUGUUGGGACCGUGACAGACUCACCGGGGUUUGUACAUGCUGAGGAGGAGACUUCCUUUUGGGGGUGACCACAUUCAUCUGGGCAUGCCUGCAGCACUCUUGGCCCAUGGACCUGAAGGAGAAGCACCUGGGCGAGCCUCCCUCGGCCCUGGGCCUGUCCACGCGGAAGGCCCUCAGCGUCCUGAAGGAGCAGCUGGAGGCAGUGCUGGAAGGACAUCUCAGGGAGCGGAAGAAGUGUCUGACCUGGAAGGAGGUGUGGAGAAGCAGCUUCCUCCACCACAGUAACCGCUGCUCCUGCUUCCACUGGCCGGGGGCCUCACUCAUGCUACUGGCUGUGCUGCUGCUGCUGGGCUGCUGUGGGGGCCAGCCGGCUGGGAGGUAUGCACCCAGAGGCUGCUCCCCAACCUUUCCAGCUGUGCUGUCCGUCCUGCUGCAACACCUGGGACGGCCAGGGCUCCAAGGGGGGCUGUCACCCCCAAGCUGCUCCUGCCGUGGGGUGGGGCUGGUGAACGCCUCGGCCUUGUUCCUGUUACUGCUUCUCAAUCUUGUGCUCAUUGGGCGGCAAGACCGGCUGAAGCGUCGGGAGGUAGAGCGGAGGCUGCGAGGGAUCAUUGACCAAAUCCAAGAUGCCCUCAGGGAUGGCAGGGAGAUCCAGUGGCCCAGUGCCAUGUAUCCAGACCUCCACAUGCCCUUUGCACCAUCCUGGUCCCUGCACUGGGCCUACAGAGACGGACACCUGGUCAACCUGCCAGUCAGCCUGCUGGUUGAAGGAGACAUCAUAGCUUUGAGGCCUGGCCAGGAAUCGUUUGCUUCUCUGAGGGGGAUCAAGGAUGAUGAGCACAUUGUCCUGGAGCCGGGAGACCUCUUCCCCCCCUUCUCCCCUCCACCCUCACCCCGGGGAGAAGUGGAGAGAGGGCCACAGAGCCCCCAGCAGCACCGGCUUUUCCGUGUCCUUGAGACCCCUGUGAUUGACAACAUCAGGUGGUGCCUGGACAUGGCCCUGUCCCGACCAGUCACUGCCCUGGACAAUGAGCGGUUCACAGUGCAGUCGGUGAUGCUACAUUAUGCUGUGCCUGUGGUCCUGGCCGGCUUCCUCAUCACCAAUGCCCUGCGCUUCAUCUUCAGUGCCCCGGGGGUCACUUCCUGGCAGUACACCCUCCUGCAGCUCCAGGUGAAUGGCGUCCUGCCCAUCCUCCCCCUGCUCUUUCCAGUCCUCUGGGUUCUGGCAACCGCUUGUGGAGAGGCCCGUGUCCUGGCCCAGAUGAGCAAGGCCUCACCCAGCUCCCUGCUGGCUAAGUUCUCAGAGGACACUCUCAGCAGCUAUACGGAGGCUGUCUCCUCUCAGGAAAUGCUGCGCUGCAUUUGGGGCCACUUCCUGAGGGUGCUCCGGGGGACAUCACCAACGCUGAGCCACAGUUCCAGCCUGCUGCACAGCCUGGGCUCCGUCACGGUCCUAUGCUGUGUGGACAAACAGGGGAUCCUGUCAUGGCCAAAUCCCAGCCCAGAGACUGUACUGUUCUUCAGCGGGAAGGUGGAGCCCCCUCACAGCAGCCAUGAGGACCUCACCGAUGGCCUAUCCACCCGCUCCUUCUGCCAUCCUGAGGUAGAGGAGGAGCCCCAUGAACGAGACGCCCUUCUGGCUGGCUCCCUGAACAACACUCUGCACCUUUCCAGCGAGCAGGAACGUGGUGACUGGCCUGGCGAGGCUCCCAAGCCCCCCGAGCCCUACUCACACCACAAAGCGCACGGCCGCAGCAAACACCCAUCUGGCUCCAACGUGAGCUUCAGCAGGGACACCGAGGGUGGCGAAGAAGAGCCCAGCAAGACCCAGCCCGGGAUGGAGAGCGACCCCUACGAAGCAGAGGACUUUGUGUGUGACUACCACCUGGAGAUGCUGAGCCUGUCCCAGGACCAGCAGAACCCCUCCUGCAUCCAGUUUGAUGACUCCAACUGGCAGCUGCACCUCACCUCCCUCAAACCCCUGGGCCUCAAUGUGCUGCUGAAUCUGUGUAAUGCCAGCGUCACCGAGCGCCUGUGCCGAUUCUCCGACCACCUGUGCAACAUCGCCCUGCAAGAGAGCCACAGUGCCGUGCUGCCCGUGCAUGUGCCCUGGGGCCUCUGCGAGCUUGCCCGCCUCAUUGGCUUCACUCCUGGGGCCAAGGAGCUCUUCAAGCAGGAGAACCACCUGGCGCUGUACCGCCUCCCCAGUGCCGAGACAAUGAAGGAGACAUCACUGGGGCGGCUCUCCUGUGUCACCAAGCGGCGGCCUCCCCUCAGCCACAUGAUCAGCCUCUUCAUUAAAGACACCACCACCAGCACAGAGCAGAUGCUGUCCCAUGGCACCGCUGAUGUGGUCUUAGAAGCCUGCACAGACUUCUGGGACGGAGCUGACAUCUACCCUCUCUCGGGAUCUGACAGAAAGAAAGUGCUAGACUUCUACCAGCGAGCCUGCCUGUCUGGGUAUUGCUCUGCCUUCGCCUACAAGCCCAUGAACUGCGCCCUGUCCUCUCAGCUCAAUGGCAAGUGCAUCGAGCUGGUACAGGUGCCUGGCCAAAGCAGCAUCUUCACCAUGUGCGAGCUGCCCAGCACCAUUCCCAUCAAGCAGAACGCCCGCCGCAGCAGCUGGAGCUCUGACGAAGGGAUCGGGGAGGUGCUGGAGAAGGAAGACUGCAUGCAGGCCCUGAGCGGCCAGAUCUUCAUGGGCAUGGUGUCCUCCCAGUACCAGGCCCGGCUGGACAUCGUACGCCUCAUCGACGGGCUCGUCAACGCCUGCAUCCGCUUCGUCUACUUCUCUUUGGAGGAUGAGCUCAAAAGCAAGGUGUUUGCAGAAAAAAUGGGCCUGGAGACGGGCUGGAACUGCCACAUCUCCCUCACACCCAAUGGUGACAUGCCUGGCUCCGAGAUCCCCCCCUCCAGCCCGAGCCACGCAGGCUCCCUACACGAUGACCUGAAUCAGGUGUCCCGAGACGAUGCAGAAGGGCUCCUCCUCAUGGAGGAGGAGGGCCACUCGGACCUCAUCAGCUUCCAGCCUACGGACAGCGACAUCCCCAGCUUCCUGGAGGACUCCAACCGGGCUAAGCUGCCCCGGGGUAUCCACCAAGUGCGGCCCCACCUGCAGAACAUUGACAACGUGCCCCUGCUAGUGCCCCUCUUCACCGACUGCACCCCGGAGACCAUGUGUGAGAUGAUAAAGAUCAUGCAAGAGUACGGGGAGGUGACCUGCUGCCUGGGCAGCUCUGCCAACCUGCGGAACAGCUGCCUCUUCCUCCAGAGUGACAUCAGCAUUGCCCUGGAUCCCCUGUACCCGUCCCGUUGCUCCUGGGAGACCUUUGGCUAUGCCACCAGCACCAGCAUGGCCCAGGCCUCGGAUGGCCUUUCUCCCCUGCAGCUGUCAGGGCAGCUCAACAGCCUGCCCUGCUCCCUGACCUUUCGCCAGGAGGAGACCAUCAGCAUCAUCCGGCUUAUCGAACAGGCUCGGCACGCCACCUAUGGCAUCCGUAAGUGCUUCCUCUUCCUGCUGCAGUGUCAGCUGACUCUCGUGGUCAUCCAGUUCCUUUCUUGCCUGGUCCAGCUGCCGCCACUCCUGAGUACCACUGACAUCCUGUGGCUGUCCUGCUUUUGCUACCCUCUGCUCAGCAUCUCUCUGCUGGGGAAGCCCCCCCAUAGCUCCAUCAUGUCUAUGGCAACAGGGAAAAACCUCCAGUCCAUUCCCAAGAAGACCCAGCACUACUUCCUGCUCUGCUUCCUGCUCAAGUUCAGCCUCACCAUCAGCUCGUGCCUCAUCUGCUUUGGCUUCACACUGCAGAGCUUCUGUGACAGCUCCCGGGCCGGCAACCUCACCAACUGCUCCUCCAUCAUGCUGCCCAGCAACGACGACAGGGCUCCAGCCUGGUUUGAGGACUUUGCCAACGGACUGCUGUCGGCUCAGAAGCUCACGGCCGCCCUGAUUGUUCUGCACACUGGUGAGAGGGCUCCCUGGGAGGGUGCAGAUGAUGGUGGGAGAGGAGCCCCACUGUGGAAUUCUGACCCCCACAUCGCCCCACUUUCCCCAGUCUUCAUUUCCAUCACCCAUGUGCAUCGCACCAAGCCCCUGUGGAGAAAGAGCCCCUUGACCAACCUCUGGUGGGCCGUGACAGUGCCUGUGGUGCUGCUGGGUCAGGUGGUCCAGACGGCCGUGGACCUGCAGCUGUGGACGCACAGGGACAGCCAUGUCCACUUUGGCCUGGAGGACGUGCCCUUGCUGACAUGGCUCCUGGGCUGCCUGUCCCUGGUCCUUGUGGUGGUGACCAAUGAGAUCGUGAAGCUACAUGAGAUUCGGGUCCGAGUCCGCUACCAGAAGCGACAGAAGCUGCAGUUUGAAACUAAGCUGGGCAUGAACUCUCCCUUCUGAGCCACUGGCUAUGGCAGCCGUAGUUGCCCCCAUCCCAGGGGCUAAAGCCAGACCCAUUUCUGAACAGGGAAGUUGGUAUCAUGAAUGUUUCCGGGUUUGCUCCUGCACCCGUGGCACUGGAAGCCCAGCUCCCCGUGUCAGACCCCGCUGUCUUCCUGGGCCCUGGGGCUCACUGUGGAGGAGCUGACGGCCUGGGCCCUUGGCCAGUCCUGGCUCUUCUCUGGGCCUCACCAGGGACACUCUUGAAUGUAUGGCCUCAGGCGCUCCCUAGAGGGGCCCUCAACCCCCUCGCCUGUGGGCUGCCCCCUUGGGGAUCCCUUGCCCCCCAGUGCCUCUGCUUGUGGGUCCCUGGACAUGGCCUUGAAGCGAACCUUCUUUGGAGAAGCAACAGCAGCAGCCUUGGCCAACAUGUCCAACUCCCAAGGCUGCCGUGGAGGGCAGGGUGGUGGUGCUUGCCUGGAUGUGGCCUCGAGUGCCUCCCCUCCCUCCCUCUGCGGGGGAGUCUCCCGCCUGAACCUGAAGAUGGAGCAGGGCCCCGCUUCGCCCUGGAGCCUCUUCCUGUGCCUGGCUCAAGCUGGCUGUCUGUCAGUCUCGGGGAAUCUGGCCCAGGUCUCCUCAGCCUCUGCCCCAGUUCUGGGAGAAGUUUCUACUGGUGUAUAUUUUUUACUGGAAAUGAGCCUUUUAGGAAUGAAUGUAGACUGGUUUGUAUUAAAAUGUGUCAAUUGCUAAGAAA